UUCCACGCAGCGUGCCGAUAUAAGCUUCAGAGCGGUAGCGAGUUUGUUUACCAUUCGCACAAAGCAAGCAAGAGCUGCUUCAACGACAUUUCCAGAGUAAAUCGCCAAAGGAAUUCGGCCACUGUCUGUGAAAGCAUUGGAAACCAUAAUGAAACAGUUUCAUAAAUGUCUGGCGUGACAGCUCCAAGCAGCUUCCCGAGGCAAGGGAGUUAACUGAUUAUAAAAGGUAUACCUAUACUUGGGAAGGCCGGUUACCAUGGCGAUGAAACCGGAACCAAUGGAGCUUGAAGGAGAGGAGACCUCGAGGCCAAAUCAGGGGUCCGUCUUUCCCAUGCAGCUAAUUCAGAAUGAAACCCUUAACGAUAGAACGCUUCACACAGAGCAGAACAACCCACUUGCCACGGCCGGAGACAUCAACAACGACAUUGACGCCAUCAUUGCAUCUACGUCAGGGAGCUUCUUACAGAACGCUAACCUCGACCAUCAGUUUGAGGAAACCCUUGAGAUGAAACCCGUACACGAGAAACAUCACAGUGCAGUGUCUGAGAUACUACUGGGAAGAGAACAGGGGCAUCCGGGGGCACGGGGCAAGCAUUACCAGGACUCCCACUUCCCCACCUACACCAUAGCCCGCGGGGAGGUGGAACUCAACUCCAAGUUCCUCCCCAAGAAGUACAAGUGUGCGUUGUGUCUCUACAAGACCAGCUACAAGUCUGAUCUCAAUAGACACAUGCGGCGCCAUGCUAACGGUCGAGAGCUUGUGUCGUGUAGAGACUGCCAUGCCUCGUUCACGUCCCAGUCAACGCUUGUGUUCCAUCAGAUGAAGUGCCCGAACAGUCACGGCCCCACAGCGGGGAAUGUGACGGUGAGCUGUGAGAUCUGCCCCUAUUCCACCUCCUACAAGUCGGACCUGACCCGUCACAUGAAGAGUCACUACACCCACGAGUUUGCGUGUGAUGUAUGUCUUAAGCCUUUCAAAGUUCAGGCCUUGGUAGACCACCACAGACUGACGGUUCAUAACAUUGUGGUCGGUGAUGUUGGUGAUGUUGGGAGUGAAGGGACUUACGAUUCGAUGGUUCAACUCUAUAACCCCUAUUACCAACCGACGGCGGAGACAGCAGGGAAGUCGGAUGUGAUAUUUCUCCAAGAUACAAGCAACCCAGAACUCGCCUUCGAUGAUGCACAAGUUCUACGCCAGAUUGAAUACCGACCUGAAGAUGUGCCAUACGGUGAUGGGGAUGCCGUGACCGAAGACUGUGUGGUUAUCGAUGAUGAUGAACGGGAGGAAGCUAAACCCAACCCUGAGUUACUUGUCUCGGAGUAUGUUGUUAACGAUCGUCCAAAGAAACGAGAUUUCAUCCAUUCUCGUCCAGUACCGAGUGUUGUCAAGGGCAACUCUCAGGGAAACAUCCUGAUUGGUCAGUCAGCGAAACAAACUGGAACAACAGGUCGACCGGAAACACCAGAAGUGGGUAACAAGUGUCAAUUACAGAGACAGAGCCGAGUCAGAGAGCUUCUGUCUCUCAACAGUGGCAAGCAGGCGACCGUUACUGUGCCUAUCAGGCAGUUCUGUUGUGAGAACUGUCAUGGUGUAUACGCCUCAGUCAAGGAGCUGAUAAAUCACAAGAAAUCCUGCCUUGGAUCCAAGACUCCACAAAGGGUUCACCGCUGUAGUCUAUGCUCCUUCCAGACGUGCAAUGUUUUGACGUUUCAGAAACACAGAAGCAAACAUUCUGCAGUUUAUAGAUGUGAAGGCUGCGAUCAAACCUUCUUGAAGGAAACCAGUCUUUUCAAACACAAACCCUUCUGUCGGAGAGCAGUGGCGAACUCCUUAGUUAGGAUAAAGUUCGGGCAGCCUGGGUCAUCAAGAAACAGAACUAAGUCCUCUGAUGCUGUUCUUCAACAGAAACAACACAACAUGAAGACCCUUGUUCCAGAUCCGAUGAAAGACCCGUCGCCAGGGGUAGUUCAACGCAAGCAAAAGCAUGUCAACCAGUCACACAAUGUGCCAUCAAACCCAGGAGACAUACUGACACAUCCUCCUGAUACCGGUCGUUUUGCGAGACUCAUCUCGGACUUUGACGACUUUGCAAGGAGGCCUUAUGCCUGUGCUCUUUGUUUCUACCGGUCGACAAGUGUUCAUGUUCUUUCAAAACACGUGGAGAAUCAUCUCACUGGAUGCAAUGUUGACCCAAUACCCGAGUCUGCAAGAUUUCGCGUUCAGAAACAAAACUCAGAAGUGUCACAUCCACAAUUAUUACAAACACACCCUGAACAUUCAGUGGACGCUCAGAGGGAAGAGGUCAACAGAACCGCGCAAAUUGACUGUAGACCCGCAUCACUAGACGGAACUCAGUUCAUUAGUAAUCCUGUCCCAACCAGGAUAAGACAGCAGGCAAUGACACAGACAGGUUCUGUGAGACAAUGGCGGGCUCGGGGACGGGUCCGGGUGCCUCGAUUCACCAAGGCGUUUGCCUGCCGCGUGUGUAGCAAGCAGUUCACGGUGCGGAGUCUGAUGCAGCGGCACCUCCAGAAGAUGCACAAGGAUGACAUGGAUACAGGAGACGACCAGUCUAAAGAAUAACCUCGUCCACACCUAGGUCAGUUGCUGGACAGCCUUAGGGACAAUGAGCUAUUGUGUAUGGACAGAUAAUUCUGCAUCCUCGUAUUUACACUUACAGUGAGUGAGUUUGGUUGAACGCCGCUUUUAACAGUAUUCCAGUUAUAUCACGUCGUGUCGGCUAAAUGU